GAACGAUCUUGCUCUUCCGCGGUUUCGCUCAAUCGUUAUUCUGUGGACUCUUGUCGUCAGGUCGUGUCACAGAUAUGGCUGUAGUGAUGUCGAGAUUUUUUACGUACCAGCAGUAUAGAAAGUCGUUAUUCUAUUUUUAUGAUGGCAUCAACAACAAGUACUGGUAGCUUACAGAUACUCAUGAUCAACAUGACUCGCAGACUUAUGCCACACCUGAGUAAGCGGAGCAAAGAAGUCGAGGUACGUUUUGAUAGGGCUACACACUAGGUGGGCCAGAGAGCCUCGGUCGCCACCAUCUAGUGUUUUUUCCACCUAUCCGCACCACCCUAGCGGACCCCUAGAAGCGAAACCACAACCAUGGCGGAGAAAGUGAUCAUUCGGAUGCUUGAGCAGGGCCCGCUCUCGGCCAAAGAGCUGACGGCAAAGAGCGAGAUGGGCAGCGAAGACGUCAUCAGCGGGGUGAAUCUGCUCCUGAAGCAGCACCGAAUAGCAGUGAUAAAAACGCAGGAAGGGUCGAAGUUCAGAUUGGUGAAUGAAGAUACUUCGAACAGGCUAAAAACCUUGACCCCGGAGCAGAAGUCGGUGUACCAAUUUAUCAUGGAAGCCAAGGACCACGGUAUCCAGACCAAGGAUCUGCAGCGAAAAACGAGCCUACCCCUCCAGCACGUGAAGAACAUAUGUCUGAAGUUGAAAGAAAAACAGAUGGUCAAAGACAUCAAACCCGUUCACAGCAAGCGAACUGCGGUCUGGAUGGGCUGGCACGUCACGCCGGCAAAGGACAUAUCAGGCGGGCUUUGGUACGUCAACGGGGAGUUGCAGGAAAAGCAAAUCGAAUUGCUGAAGGCGAAAGCGAAGGAGGUACAGAUUUGUUGAUCCCAUUACGUUGCGCAAUGUUGUUGUUUCAUAUGAUUAUUACGAAUUCUGUUAUCCGCUAGGGAGAUUGACUUUGGUACACUGACUGCCACCGAAAUUUUAUUUGUCUUCAAUUCUUGUUCAAAGCCUGGGCAUACCAACUUACCGUUCCAACAGGUUUUGUCUACGCGGCCCAACCGCGGCUUCACUGUUGAGGAAGUGUGCGAGUAUGCCGGCGUGAGUGGCGAAGUGCAGAAGAUGUCCCAGAUUCUGCGGGUCUUGCAGCUUGACCGCGUGGUGGACGCCACAACGUCGCUCGACCUGGGGGUAGCCACUGACGCUCUGCCGAAUGCGGAGGAUCCCGCAGAGGAGCACGUGGGGUUUGGAGAAGAUUUUGGCUUCUUCGGCGGCGGAAGCAGCGCGCCAGCGGCGUCUUCCGCCACGGUAUUAAGUAGCCACAUGCAGGCGGACGCCGCAGCGGGUGCUGGAAUCGUGAUAAGGUACCGAAUCCGCAAACAGCACGCGCUAUACAGCUUCGACGCGAUGCGCGACAUCCCGUGCCUCCGCUGCAAAGUCCGCGACCAGUGCGACGCCAGCGCGAUCUUCUCGAACAGCACGCCGAAUCCCACGAACUGCCAGUACCUGACAAGGUGGCUCUACACGACGCCAGGAGACGAAUCCGAGGAGGAGGAGGAAGAUGCUGACGAGGACGUGGACAUGGAAGAUAUGGUGUUACCGUCAUAGCACGUGGUGAUUCUGUUCCCCCUGCUCCCCAUGCUCGCACUCGGCUCAUUUUCACUCGUCAAAACAAGAUUGACUUCCUGCACAAGCGACGCGCAUUUACAUUUCAUCUACGCGACAAUACAAU